CCCUUACCUUACCCAUGCGCUCUGGCGUGAGAGGGAUCUUUUAUUUUCCUUCCAUUCCAAAAGCAAUUCCCGCCCAAUCCACAUUCGGCACCACAAACCAGGGGUUCAAGUUCAAGUUCAGGACAUACCCUUCACCAUUUUCUUUACAGUACUGAUGAGCACGACGAUCAAUCGAUAUUGAGAUUCACGAGAGUUAGGCAAUCGAAGAAACGAGCGAAAAAGCGGCGCUGAGCGCCUAUAGGCGUAUCGCAAGCGAAACACCUAACCUCAUCCCUCAAACCCCCUCGUGGAUUCACUACGACGCUGCAAUCCGCGUGCGGCUCUGGGAAAACGCCAGCUGUUGGCUACUUCGACUGCCGAUCAUCCCACACCCCUCGCCCUCCUUAACGCACGGCUACCACGAAAAGAGACAAACACAGUUACCUACUCCGUCGUCUAUCUGUCCCCCAGGGCUAGAUCGUCAAAACAUGCCUCCCAAAACACCGAAUAACACGGGCACGCCCAUCUUCUCGACUUCCAUCUUCUCCUCCAACGCCGCUUCUCGUCCAACCACGCGCGACGGCCACACCGUUGAUCCUUUGAAUACGAACAUCCCCAACAUCCUCUCCAAAGACCGCAAAGCGUCGUUCUCGCGAAAAGCGUCGCUGUCAAGUAGACGCGGGAGUUCGUUCGGGAACGGACCUAACGCUUUUGUCACGGAUGCUACGGCGCCUCCUGCGCUGCCGGAUUACGCUCUUUCUGCUGCUGCGAAGGUAGCGCCUAGACCAGACGGUGUGGAUAGUUCGGCGCCCGUGGAAGCUCAGAUGUUGAGUCGGAGUGCGACGGGGUCGACGACCCUUUAUGGGGGGAUCGUGCCGAAUACGCCGAUGGGGAUAAUGCCGAAUGGGGCGGUUGGGACAUCGGGAAUGUGGCAGCAGAAUGAAGCGGGUAUCAUGCAUCAUCAUGUUACGGAGCUUGCGAAUAAGCGCAUCGCGACGUUGGAGUAUUUGCGGAAAGCGCAUGAAGGACGGAUUUAUUGGUUCAAGACAUACCUCUUCGAGAAGACAGACCUUAGUCGUAUGCCCUCCCUCGACGCUCGAAAACUUGGUCGCAAAGCAACAAACCAUCUCCUUCUCGGCCUCUCCCUUCCGACAAUCAUCGACCUCUACUCCUCCACAUCGAUCGAAUUCCUCCGAAGUUUAAACUCUCUCCUCUCCGAAUUCGACUCGUUCCAGCAACUCCACGGCGAAUCAUCCACCGCUGCAUCGCUUACCCGCGCGCGUCUCCCAAGCAUGUUCCGUCGCCCAGGCGGUAAAUCUCGCCGUUCAACAUCAGCAGCUGAUAUGCACCCCAUGGUCGACGAAAUGGCUUCCCUGCCUGCUGCAGGUGGCCCAGCGCCAUCUGUGAUGAACUUUGCAGCUUCGGAAACAGAUCUUCUUCCCGGCGAGGAGUAUACUUUUCUUCUUACGCCAUCGCUACCAUUUGAUCCGGAUUACUUUGAGACGUUCGCGACACUGUGCGAUGUGUUGAUCGAUUGCUACACGAGAUUUCUGGCGUUGGUACCUUCACCUAGAGAGUGUUCUGCACCUGUCGCUGAACUCUUCACGAAAGCGGAUUCGCGCGUGCGCAAGAUAAUCGUGCAAGGCAUAGUACGCGAUUUCGAGGAGCAGAGCCGAAGUCAUGUCAAGACGGAGGUGGCUAAUAUUGGAAAGGUGGUUCUGGGAGGAUUAAUGUGAAAUGGACUUUGAUGCAAGGAGUUGGCUGGGAGUGCAGUAUCCUCAUCGGAUGCAUGCUGGAGUUUGGUUCGUUCUUGAUACGUAUAAUGGCACGAAGAUAUGAAGCGUGGGAUAUCGUCAUCUAUUCAACAGAG